AUGUCACUGCCUCGAACCACGGCCGCCGUCGCGCGCUCCAGCUCAACACUCUUACGAUUCGCCGCCCCGUCCUUCGCCCCCCGCAGGUGCCCGCAAUGCGCGCGGACGUUUGCCUCAUCGAUACCGUACCGACAGUCAGCUAAGCGGCAGAUGCAGACAGCGACUGCGUAUCAGCCUUAUUCUCUGCACCCCCAGCCGCCACCACCGAGAAAUGCUGGUGUGCCCGACACAUCGAUAGCGGGUGGAGCAGCCGAGGCAAACAAAGCGAAAACCCCACAACUACCUCCGCAAGAGCACGUCGCAGCGACGCCAUCCGAGCAACCGAAUGUGAGCAUACCCGAGGGCGAGGCACAGAAGUCGCAGCAAGCGCCGGGUUCCAGCAAGCCUUUGCGGCCGCGCCGCUACAACUUCGGUCCGCGGAAAGCGACUAUCAAGCUAUCGCCCUCGGCGGUGUCGCACCUCCGCGAACUUCUGGAGUUACCGGAGCCAAAGCUUAUCCGGAUAGGCACAAAGGCAAAGGGCUGCUCAGGACUGGCGUAUCACCUCGAGUAUGUGGACAAGCCAAGCCCGCUGGACGAGCAGGUGGAGCAGGAUGGCGUCAAGGUUUUGAUCGACAACAAGGCGCUCCUGAACAUUAUUGGCAGUGAGAUGGACUGGUUGGAGGACAAGCUGAACGAGCGAUUCAUUUUCAAGAACCCCAACAUCACUGAGCAAUGUGGUUGCGGCGAGUCCUUCAGCGUAUCAUGA